AUGGCUUGUUACGCGCCGAAACCACCUGUUUCCUCUGGAAUGAAGUCCAAAGUCUCCACGCUGCCUCAUUUGUACAUCCCCAUCGAGGAUGUAGAGAAACUGGAACGGUACCGAGAAGGAGGUUACCAUCCCGUUUCAAUUGGAGAUCGCUUCCACGGUCGCUAUCGGUUGGCUCGCGAUGAAAGGGUUGAUAAGCUCGUCGCUAUUAAAGUGUGUACUGCAGACUCGGAUCUCCACGAACUUGAGGUACUUUCCUUCCUUUCCAGAUCGCGACAGCGUUCAGGUAAUGAUUUAAGCAAAAUAAUGAUACCCUUGAUCUUGGAUACCUUCAAGAUCCAAGGCCCAAAUGGUACUCAUGCAUGUUACGUGACACAUCCCGCGAGGAUGAGUCUUUGGGAUGCCAAAGAUGGAUCAUACAUUCGCCUCUUUAGGCUAGAAGUGGCGAGGGCCUUGGUAGUAUAGUUGGUACUGGCCGUUGAAUACAUACAUGCGCAAGGUUAUGCUUAUGGUGACCUCCACUUUGGUAACAUUCUCAUUCCGGUCCUUCCUGGCUUUGACCAGCUCUUGGAUGAAAACUUGUAUGAGUUGUAUGGUGAACCCGAGUCGAAGACUAUCAUCCGCUUUGAUGGUAAACAGAUCUUUUCAAGUGUUCUAUCCCAUGCAAUUCUGCCC